UGUUCCGUCAGUCGGACGCGAGCUUCCAAAGCGACCUGAUGACCGUGCGCUGCGGCGGGCAGGACGAGUACGAGAAGGUGAUGGAGCAGCUAGUGCGGGACUGCAGCCGCCCGCUCGAUGAGUCAGACGGCAUAAAGGCCACAGUACUGUACGGACAUAACAAAGAGGUGGACCAGGAGAACAAGAAGCAGCUGGACAACUUGAGCACGCCGGAGGAGUCGUUCGUUGCUCAGGACACGGUCGCCAUCACCUUCAACCCACCGGAUGGUCACAACAAGCGGAAGUGGCGAUUUGAUACACAGACCUUCCUAAUGAACAGGGAAUAUGGUCUUUUCAAAGACUGCCAGGCAGCGGACAAGGUGCAGCUCAAGGUGGGCGCGCAGGUGCUGCUGCUGCGGAACCUGGACGUGCAGGCAGGGCUGGUCAACGGCUCGCGCGGGGUGGUGGUGGGCUUCACAGCCCCCAGGACGAGCGGCUACUUCCGGCAGCAGCCACUGGCAAUGCUGGAGAAGGGCCUGCAGUGCGAUGAGGUGGUGGAGGCCCUCGAUAGCUGGUACAAGGAGAACAGCCAGGUCCCCGUGGUCAAGUUCGCUAACGGCAAGGAAAUGGAGCUGGCGCCCACGAUCUUCACUCAGCUGGUACCCGGCCGGGGGGCACGGUUCCGAGUGCAGGUCCCUCUCCGGCUGGCCUGGGCUCUGACGGUGCACAAGUCGCAGGGCAUGACACUUGACAAGGUUAUCGUGGAUCUGUCAACCCUGUCAAGCCGGAACGGUGGUUGGCACGGCGUGGUCUACACCGCCCUGAGCCGGGUACGCACCAAGGAGGGGCUGCAGCUGUUUGGAACGGCCAACCGCACGAUCGAUGGGCGCGUUCUGCGAUGGUCGGAGGGCAGGCGGGCUCCGGCGGUGUGCCGGACGGACCCCAGCAGCGGCUUCCGGUGGAUCUGGGAGAUGGUGAAGGAACUACCGGACCUGAGCCGCCCCAAGAACGCGGC